AUGAAGCUCUCAGCAGACGACAGCAUGCCCAUCGGCGACCUGCAACCAGAACAGGCCCAGCUGGGCGGCACCUAUGUCGACACCAUCGUCGACGUCUCUGAACAGCUGUUCUACAUGAAGCAGCUUCUCCCCCUCGUCAAGCUCCUCGCCCUCGUCUACAAAGUCCGUGCUCCAAGUCCGUCAGAGGAGGAUCGCAUGAACACCCUCAUGCGGACGCUUUCAGGAGACACCCUGAACAAGACGACCACCGACAGGUAUCCCCAAGGCUUCACCAGAGACGAGAUUAUCCAGUCAUUCAGCAGGCUCCUCAGCCCCGUCCUCAACGGCCUAAGCGGACUGGACGACUUUGAGAAGGCCAUCAGCGCCGGCGAAGACCCGGCUGGUUUCCGGCAGUUCUGGGCCCUCGACGACAGGAAUCUGCUCACCGACGCGGUGUCCGGCAAAGGCCCGAUGGCGUCCGUCACAGAAACGGAUAUCCCCUUCCUUGACAUCUUCGUCAAGGACAAGACUCGCCGGCUGGCAUUGACCCAGGACCACGCCGCUCUCGUUCUCGUCCCUCACGACGCCAGACCGGGCGACGAGAUUUGGGCCAUGUCCCGCACCGAGAAGCUGAUCGUCAUCCGCCUCGAUGACCCAGAGGCUGCGUCGACGACUGUCGGCAUUCUUGGGGAGGCGUACAGCCACGGCUUCUCCAAGGAGCCGCCGCCUCCAAAUUGCAAGCAAGUAUACAACAGCGCGGAAUUCUUGACGUCCUCCGUGGCUGUUGGUCUGGCCGGCGCAGUCCCUAGGUGA